AUGGUUGCCGGAUCUGUAUACGCUCAGGCUCCGGGAGCAUCACCGGCGAAGUCUCCGGUAGCAUCGCCUCCUAAGGCGGUGGCGACUCCUUCUCCAACUCCGUCUCCCUCCAUGAAGCCACGGACCACCGCUCCUACUUCCGCCCCUACCACCGCACCAACAACCUCUGCUCCUCCCUCCGGCGCCGCCCUUCCUCCCUCUACGAUCUCAGCUCCCGGCCAGUCUCCUUCCUCUACUCCUUCUAGCACCGGCGCUUUGAACAAAGUCACCGUCACUGGAUCCGCUGCGGUAGUGUUCUUCGCAGCGACAUUGUUGUUUUAG